AUGGAUGCUCUAAUCUGGAAUAUAAGGUCAGUCAAUACCCAACAAGCUUUUGAAAGGUUGAUCAAAAUGCACAGGAAACAUCACUAUGACUUUAUUGGCUUGAUGGAACCUAUGCAACAAAUGAGAACACUGGAAAGAUAUAGAAGCAGAAUAGGUUUUGCACAGGCAAUUGCUAAUGUAUCAAAUAAGAUAUGGGCUUUCAUUGAUGAGGUAUAUGAAGUUACAAUAAUGUAUAAUAUGGUUCAGCAACUAACUUUAAGGCUGUUUCACACAGAAAAUCAUGUGGAAAUAGUCCUUACACUGGUGUAUGCUAAAUGUGAUGCCAUUGAAAGGAUUGAACUGUGGGAUUCAUUGUAUUAUAUGGCAAAUGACAUGACAGUACCAUGGUUAGUUGGAGGUGACUUUAAUGUCAUAUGGGAUGAAGAGGAGAAAUUUGGGGGACUUCCAGUUCAUAUCAAUGAAGUUGAUGACUUCAGACAUUGCAUAAAUACAUGUAACCUGAGUGAUCUUGGAUUUAAGGGCAGUAUCUUUACAUGGUGGAAUGGCAGGGCAGAAGAAGACU